CGCUGGUAGGUCACACCUAUCACAAGCUCUCAUAUAUACAGAGAGGAACGUUCACAUUACUCGAAACGUGAUUGAAGUCAUAAAAAUCUUAAUUGAGUAUAGUUUUGCGGAAUAGAGACAUUUCAUUUAUUUCAUCUCUCAUUUCAGAUUAAGAGAUGGAUCUGGUAAACCCUUUUACUGCCCUGUUGGUGAUAUGGUUAGCAGUCGUCACAGCAAUUCAAGAAGAGAAGAAAAUGGACCCAAACUUGAGCGGAUUGGUCUAUGGGAAACGUAUGAAUCCAGACAUCAGUGGGCUCGUCUUUGGAAAAAAGAAACGUUUUGACCCUGCCAGUAGCGGACUUGUUUUUGGUAAACGUUUUGACCCUGCAAGUAGUGGUCUUGUGUUUGGGAAACGCCCCUUGAAAGAUGAUAAGAAAAUGGACCCAAGUAUGAGUGGACUUGUCUUUGGAAAGAAAAAGCGAUUCGACCCAGCUAGUAGUGGACUUGUAUUCGGCAAACGAUUCGACCCGGCUAGUAGUGGCCUCGUAUUCGGCAAACGAUUCGACCCGGCUAGUAGUGGACUCGUAUUCGGCAAACGAUUCGAUCCAGCAAGUAGUGGACUCGUUUUCGGCAAACGAUUUGACCCAGCUAGUAGUGGACUCGUAUUCGGCAAACGAUUCGACCCGGCUAGUAGUGGACUCGUAUUCGGCAAACGAUUUGAUCCAGCAAGUAGCGGACUCGUAUUCGGCAAACGAUUCGACCCAGCUAGUAGUGGACUCGUAUUCGGCAAACGAUUUGACCCAGCUAGUAGUGGACUCGUAUUCGGCAAACGAUUUGACCCAGCUAGUAGUGGACUCGUUUUCGGCAAACGAUUUGACCCAGCUAGUAGUGGACUCGUUUUCGGCAAACGAUUUGACCCAGCUAGUAGUGGACUCGUUUUCGGCAAACGAUUUGACCCAGCUAGUAGUGGACUCGUUUUCGGCAAACGAUUCGACCCAGCAAGUAGCGGACUCGUUUUCGGCAAACGAUUUGACCCAGCUAGUAGUGGACUCGUUUUCGGCAAACGUUUCGAUGACGGAAGUCAUCCUACUCUAUUUUUCGGUAAAAAAUCAUCAGAAGAGAACUCAGCUGAAAGUAUUGAAACUGGUGACGAAUCAAACAUGAACGAUCUCACUGCUGAAGAAUAAAAAAUAUUACGUGCAGUUAGCUAUCUUCAAAUAUAUUUUUUCUAUAUCAAAUAAUUCGAACAAUCAAUAAUCUGAUUUUCUUUAAAUGGAAUUAUUUUGUUGAGGUGCAGCAUUAGAGGAUAGUUACAUUAGUCGAAUUCAGAUAUUACAUUAUUUAUUAGUGAUGGUUGUAACGUGAAAUUUAUUUUUAGCAAAAGUAAACAACUGAGCUAGAGAUUUUGCAGGCAUGUCAGUUGUGUCUUAUUUUGUAUCUCGCGAAAUAUGCUUAAAAUCAUCACUGGUGUACUUUUGCUAUACCUUAAGUUAUUUUCGAAUUUAUUGUGGUUUUCGCACUUGGGAGCUUGAAAUAGAUUCUCCAAGAAAUGUUUACUAAUUUGAACUGAGUAAAUUUGUGAUGAACACAUUCCUUAAUUAAUAUAAAAUGUACAACAUUUGAUGAGCUAUAAUUAGUGCAAUGAUAGCUUUGUUCAUUUGUAGAUAAUGUAAAUAACAAAUAUUACGGCGUGGAAAUAUCAAUUAUCGUGUUCACUGUAAUUGGAAGAAGUUCAAUAAAUUGAAGUUUCGCAAACUGAUUUUAAUCCAGA